AUCUCUAUAUUUCUGAUCUUAUCUUAGCUUAAUUAUAUAUAUUACUCGAUCUGAUAUCUCCUCUAAAUCACUGAAUUGAAACACGUACAAAACAAAGAUGGGUAGUGAUGAUGAUGAUGAGGUUGUUGUAUUGAGUUCUUACGUGAAUGUGUUUACAAUGAGGCCAAGAAUGGCACUUUCUCUCAAAGGGGUUCACUAUGAAUUCAAAGAGGAAGACAUGGAGAACCAAAGCUCACUACUCCUGCAGGAAAUGAACCCGGUUCACAAGAAGAUCCCUGUUCUCAUCCACAAUGGAAAACCCAUCUGCGAAUCCCUCAUUAUUCUUGAGUACAUUGAUGAGGUCUGGAACCACAAGUCUCCAUUAUUGUUGCCUUCAGAUCCUUACAAGAGAGCUCAAGCUAGGUUCUGGGCUGAUUUCAUUGACAAAAAGAUCUAUGAGUGUUUGAAAGCAUGGGUGUUUAAAACAAGAGAUGAAAAGGCCAUUAAAGAAGAGCAGGUAGAUAACCUAAAGGUGUUGGAGAGGGAGCUAGGGGAAAAGCUGUAUUUUGGAGGGGAAAGCAUUGGGUUCUUGGAUUUGGUUUUGGUUACAUACUAUACAUGGUUUCUUGCUUUUGAGAAAGAAGUGAAUUUGAGCAUUGAAGCAGAAUGCCCAAAGUUGAUUGAAUGGGUUAAAAGGUGCCUGCAAAAUGAGAGUAUCUCCAGCUCCCUUGUAGACCCUUUGAAGCUCUAUGACUUUGUUCUGCAUAAGAGGAAAAUCGCUGGCGUACGUUGAUUAUAUUAAUUAGGAAUGGAAAUCAUAGAUAGCUGCAAUAUAAUAUAAUUAAUGUUGUUUUAAUUUUGCAAUAUAAUAUCCAUGACUAGUGUAUACAUACAUUAAUUAAGUUUAGAAUUAUUAAGAAUUUGAGUUUGGUUGAAUUUGUGGGACAUGCAUCCUCAGUCGUCUAUGUGGAACAUAACUAAAAUUAUUGCUAAAGGUUGGUAAUAUGUCACCAAUGUCAGAUCAGAUAGAGACUGGAGUGCCGGCAACAAGAUAUAUAUAGAUAUAUAUUAUAAUAAAUUGAGUGGACCUAAAUGUUGAAGAAA